CGUCAUAAUUCGAAAAAGCAUUUAGGUGCGUUGGACCAUGUUGAUGUGAUCUCGCGCACGAUCUUCAAGUUACCACCUCUGUCGCGUGUGAUUGUGGUCCUCACGGGUGCUGUGCUCAUUCAUCUUUCCAUUGGUAACAUGCUUCCAUAUAUGGCCUCAUAUAUGCGGAAUUACACUGAUCCCAAUAUCAGAAUUGAGCAUUUCAUGUGGGUUCCCACAUUUCAAGGCUGCUUUCCCUUUUCUAUGGUAAUCGGUGGGACGUUAGCGUUUCAUCUUGGUCCACGUAUGGCUACACUCGUAGGAUGUACCAUCGCUACAUCCGCAGUUGCGCUUUCGUACUGGUCCAUCAAAGCACUCGUUCUUUGCCUUCUUCGUGACCUAUGGUCUUCUCUUCGGACUUGGUCAAGGAAUCGCCUAUGUCACAGCCGUCGCUACCAUAAUCAAUUGGGCUCCGGAAAAAGUAGGGCUCAUGAGCGGCAUCGUUGCCGCCGGCUUCGGGUCUCGUCGUCGAUUUUUGCCCCAAUCCAGACACGGCUCAUCAAUCCGGAUAAUUUGCCGUCAACACGAGAUGGGUACUUUUUGGACAAGGACCUCCUGCUUCGAGUACCAGAUGUUUUUCUGACUCUUGCUUGGGUCUAUGCGAUUAUGCAAUUCAUUGGACUCAUUGUCAUAUGUGAUCCUCCGGAGAAGAUUCGUAGCUCGGGACUUGGGUCAAUCUCAGACUUCAUCGACGAGAUUCGCUACGGUCGCGACCCGUCUCGACGUCGUCAGCGAUUCGCCACCGUCUCGUACAAACAGUUGCCGCGCGACGAAAUUACGGUGUCCUCAGGUGGCACCGCAACCCGACAUCGCUCUGUUUCACGUGAAUCGCUCAACUCCGAUUCCGAGGCGUCUGAUGUCUUCAUCAAUGAGCAGUCAGAUGAAUGGUCGAUGCGUCCAAAACAAAUGUUGACUUCAUCCACCUUCUACUUUCUAUUCAUAGCUUUAUUCUGCUCUUCAUUCUAUGCCAAUAUGUUCUAUAAUCUUUAUAAGACAUUUGCUGAAACGUUUAUUGAAGACGACUUCUUUCUCGCCAGAGCGUUCGCUAUCGGAUCCACAGCGAAUGCCAUUGCUCGCGUAGCGUGGGGUUAUCUCGUGGACCGGACGAGUUUCCAGGCUUUAACCAUGGUUGAUGUGAUCUCGCGCACGAUCUUCAAGUUACCACCUCUGUCGCGUGUGAUUGUGGUCCUCACGGGUGCUGUGCUCAUUCAUCUUUCCAUUGGUACUUAUCACACUUUUGGUAAUAUGCUUCCAUAUAUGGCCUCAUAUAUGCGGAAUUACACUGAUCCCAAUAUCAGAAUUGAGCAUUUCAUGUGGGUUCCCACAUUUCAAGGCUGCUUUCCCUUUUCUAUGGUAAUCGGUGGGACGUUAGCGUUUCAUCUUGGUCCACGUAUGGCUACACUCGUUGGAUGUACCAUCGCUACAUCCGCAGUUGCGCUUUCGUAUUGGUCCAUCAAACACUCGUUCUUUGCCUUCUUCGUGACCUAUGGUCUUCUCUUCGGACUUGGUCAAGGAAUCGCCUAUGUCACAGCGUUGCCUACCAUAACUCAAUGGGAACUUAGAAUAGUGCGUUCGGAGCUCGACCUUAGAUGCCUCGAAAUAAUGUUUCUUUUCAAGUGGGCUCCGGAAAAAGUAGGGCUCAUGAGCGGCAUUGUUGCCGCCGGCUUCGGAGUCUCGUCGUCGAUUUUUGCCCCAAUCCAGACACGGCUCAUCAAUCCGGAUAAUUUGCCGUCAACACGAGAUGGGUACUUUUUGGACAAGGACCUCCUGCUUCGAGUACCAGAUGUUUUUCUGACUCUUGCUUGGGUCUAUGCGAUUAUGCAAUUCAUUGGACUCAUUGUCAUAUGUGAUCCUCCGGAGAAGAUUCGUAGCUCGGGACUUGGGUCAAUCUCAGACUUCAUCGACGAGAUUCGCUACGGUCGCGACCCGUCUCGACGUCGUCAGCGAUUCGCCACCGUCUCGUACAAACAGUUGCCGCGCGACGAAAUUACGGUGGCACCGCAACCCGACAUCGCUCUGUUUCACGUGAAUCGCUCAACUCCGAUUCCGAGGCGUCUGAUGUCUUCAUCAAUGAGCAGUCAGAGAGCGUUCGCUAUCGGAUCCACAGCGAAUGCCAUUGCUCGCGUAGCGUGGGGUUAUCUCGUGGACCGGACGAGUUUCCAGGUAACCGUAUCGGUAGCGACAUGUAUGGCAGCUGCAUUGCUUCUUACAAUGCCCAUUACGAAAGAUCUGGGACGAUAUCUUUUCCUCGUUUGGCUCGUUGGUGUGUUCAUCUGCAUGGGAGCGACUCAUGCUUUGUUCAUCACAGCAGCUGUGAAAUGCUUUGGUGCCAGAUGGAAAGCCACCAACUACGGAUUCCUGACUUUCUCCACGACAUGCAGUGGCAUUCUGCUGUCGGUGAUCUCGCAGUUCUAUCUCACCUCAAUAGGAUACACCUGGUUGUUCAUAAUCACUGCCGCAUUCCCGUUCACCGCUUUCCUGGUGACGUCACUGAUCCAUUUCACGCCUCAAGGACGCUUGAUAUCCUGA